AUCGUUGUGAAACGAGUGAAUAUAAUAAAAAUAGCUGGCUGUGAAAUUUGUGUUAUAACUAUUCAUACAAGUCAACCCACUGGUAAUAACUCGAAAAUUUCCAGUAUCAUAUCCAGCAACAUGGCCCAAUCGAAACCACACAAUUUGGUCGAGUACAAGGCCGGCCGCAUGGUCCUUCUAGGCAAGAUAGUCGAGCCCGAUGACCGCAAAGGCCUGCUCUUUGUGCGCCGAUCCGCCGCUGAUAACCAGCUGCACAUCCAUUGGAUGGAUCGGCGAUCCGGGUCCGUUGAGCUGGAUAUUGUUGCCACGCCGGGCGUUCUCGAGUUCCGUCGCAUUGAACAGUGCAAAACAGGUCGGGUGUAUGUCCUCAAGUACACACGAUCGCCGCAGCGUUACUUCUUCUGGAUGCAAGAGCUGCAGGCGGACGGGGAUGCCUUAUUUUGUCAGCGGGUCAACGAACUGAUUGCCAGUGGUGAACGCCAAAGGGAUGAGAUUGCGGCGGCCGAGGGAGAUAUGGAUACGGAUGUGGAUCACAAGGCACAAAGCCGCGGUUUCGGUGGCAGUGAGAAUCCUCAAGUUCUGGAAGAGAUGCUGAUCGAAACGCAAGCAACUUGGCUACCAGCCAACCAGAUGUCGAAUCAUUGGCAAACUGAUAUGGUGAUCGAAGAACAACCCUCGGCAUUAGCCGAUCCCGGUUCAGAUUCAGAUACAGAUACAAAUACUUCAGAUCCAGGUUUACAUUCAUUUGACUUGGCAACUGUUUUACGCCUACAUGGCGGCGAAGCAGUGGAUAAACUUCUAAGUUGCCCAUUGAGACGUAAAAAACUGAUGGCCCAAUUGCCCAAAGAUCAUGAGGCGAUGGAUGAGCAGCAAGACAUACUCGAGCAUCUGCGUUCGCCGCAAUUCAACGAGUCCUUGUCCUAUUUUUCCAUAGGACUGCAUUCUGGUCUCCUCAGAAAGAGCCUAGAGCCUCUGUUGAAAAAUGAUGACAAUCGCGAGGCCUUGGACGCCGCUCAAGUUGGAGAUGUUGACCGUUUUCUACGUGAAAUGGAACGAACCAAUAGGGAUUAUGGUGGGCCAACCGAUUGAACCAAAAGGUUCUCGUAAAUAUGUCAAAAUAUGAAUAAAUAAAUAUGGCGCACAGUACUGAUGAGUUAAUAAAUAGAGGAAGGGCGUACAAAAUGCAAUAACUGCUUGAUUCCUGGGCCGUUGCUUUGUCUUCUCGAGUUACGAAGAUAAAUGAGAUGCCGUAAGUUAGACGACAACUUGCACAACUCCAGACAAAGACCAAACGGAUAAAAGUGUGCUUGUGCCCAGGAAAAAAGUAGAAGAAAAAAAAAAUGAAUAGGGGAACACUAAAAAUUGAUAUAAAAUACACAGAAAAAGAAGCAAGGCAGCGAUGAAAACAAAAGAAGGAAAUUUCUCAAAUAAAAAAAUAGUUGUAAACUAUGGGGAGUACUUAGGAUCGGGUUAGUGUGGCUGUGGGGUUCCAGUGUUUCACUUCUUUGCCAGUUUAAGAGUCCUCGGUCCUGCGACAGCAGUUUUCUUUGCCUCAUUUGUAUGGCGCCUGUCCUGUCCUAUGCCGUCCUGCCAACAACCCUCUGCUCCUUCGGCCCAUGCUUCCCAAAAACUUUUUCCACGUUGUUUUAAUGAAACUAAGUGAGCGGCAAAAUGGUGGACAGGACAACGGGACAGUGUAAGGAAUUGUGCUAUAGGUUUUCGGGCCAGAUAAAGCAUUCGAAAAUGCUGGGCUGGUAACAGUUUUAUCCUUUUUUUUUGCCGUGGAAGAUAGGAAAACUUAAGAAAAGCAAAAUGUUCAGAAAGUUGUUGCAUUGUGUCAGAGUUUGAACAAUGGUGCACGAUGGCGGUGGAAAAAUUGAAAAAAAAAACAAAAAUACGUAGAGAAAAAAGUGACAGAGAAGAAGCAAAUUUGACGAUUAGUUUUUGCCACAUUCUGCAUUAGUCAUUACAGAGUGUGACCAGCGUGUUUUACGUUAGUGAGGCUGCACUUUGUUUCUUAUAUCACUAACCGCAUGUUAAAGGCAUUUAACUUUAAAUGAUUCAAUUAGGCAAACGUAAUUGCCUUGCAUUUAAAACGUGCCACUUGUGCCAACUCGCUUGACUUCUAUGAUACUUUCCAUGAAUUUCUCGCAUUUAACCAACUAAAACUAAUAAUGCUCCCCCCUUUCACGCUCCCUUGUGGGACCGACAUGAAACUUAAUGGUAAAUGGCGUUGCAGAGAAUGGCCAUAAAAAUUACUUAAACCGAACAAGCAGCUUAAAUAUGCCGCUUAUUGAUGUUCUCCACAACGAAGCAAAUGCAAUAAUAGUUAAGAGAAAAAGGGGGAGUGUGCAACAUGGGGCACUAGCUGGCUCUUUAGCCGCUUUUCCAGCUCUCAGCUCCCAAACUCCAUUUCCAUUUCCAUUCACAUUGCCCCAUGUCCUUUGCCACUUUUCCAUCUCUCUAGCUCUCGACGGCUAUGCGUGUUGCAUACUAAUUUCAAAAAUUUGCCAUUACAUUUGUACUUCGCACUGCUCUAUGGCACUACUACAACAUACCACCACUCAUUCCAUCUAUUUUCUACCCAUUUUCCUGCCCUUCAGCUUGUCGGUUUGCUGCCAUCUUGAAUUACGCAAACACACACACAGCUAGUGUGUGUGUGGUUGUUGCUGUUUUUGGUCCUUGAUAAUCAAGCACACAACUGAAGCUGUAGCUGUAGCUGGAACUGAAACUGAAACUAAAACUAGCAAAGGAGCUAGGGAAACCUGGGGUAAUUCACACACGAAAUUGCCGGAAUUUUUGCUGUAGUCAAAGGUGAAGCCCAAGCAUCUUAGCCACACAUGCAACAAACACACAUCACAUCGUGCUCUGUAUACAACAAACAAGCAGCAUUUGUUGCUCAAAGUGAAUUUUCAUUCCUGGCUAAAUGUAAAUAAAAGGCUGGCUUCUUUUUUUUUUCAAUUGCCCGACAGGCAAUGGAAAUGCCCAUAGAAUUUGCCACCUGAUGUAGAUUACAAGAAAUUGGUCAAUUAUUUUUGAUGCUUGAAGCUGAGUACGUAGACAAAUUACUAAAUUACAAAUAUUGCCGCAACUUAUCGGUUAUGUUGCUUAAAACAUUGCAACUGAGUUGGUGACUUGUGACUGCAGAAAUGUACCUUUUUGAAACCCAAAUAAGUACGUAUUAAGUAUCAUUAAGCA